GGAAUAAUGAUAUAUGGCGAAAGAUCUCGCUGAUCACGCCCACUGUACUGUAGAUUGAGAAGUGCCUGCUCACCGCAAUCAAGGAAAUAUAUUCAAGCUGCCUGUACCUCGUAUCAGCUCUGCUCAAUACUUCCAGCAACCCCCUUUUCCGUCUUGGGAGGAACACGAUCGAACAUGGCUCUCAGAAGUAAAGCCACUGAAGCCGACAAUCUCGUCAAAGAUCAAAUGGAACCCACUCUUGCAACUCGUGAACAACAUUCGACUUCUUCCGAUUUUACCGACACACAUUCAACAAUAUCACAAAAUCUAUCUUCUUCGGAUGAGUUGGUCGAACCUAGAGUUGGCAGGAUCAGUCGUCCGACGUCCAUACAAUCUGGAAAUGAGAUGUGUAGCGAAAAUUCCUGGAGUUCUACUGCUUGAACAGAAGACCCACUAUAGCAGUAGUUCGUCAGCACACAAUUCCAAGGCUAAACGUGCAACUAAACCUCUCAAUAAUGGCAGAAAUUAUCUGUGCAGUUUAUGUCGCGGUCCCCACUACACCCAUCUAUGUCGCAAGCCGUUACCUUUUAGCUACAGAGCAUCAAUACUUCUCGUAAAACGUCAGCUUUGUCCAAAAUGUGUAAGGAAACAUCAUCUAUCAGCCUGCAAUGAUACCGUACCUUGCGAAUAUUGCGGCUCCAGUGACCAUGCCACUGUGUUGUGCCAACAUCUUUCUGUUUAGGAAAAGCGCUAAAAUCAUCAUAGUUGGGC